AUGUUGAUGGCAGAAAUUUAUAGUUUAUUUUUCUUGGCUUACAUUGUAGCCUUAGGAUUUUUGUCGAACUACUUUUUGCAUCGAUUAGACACAAAGGCAUUGCUUAAAUCCCAAGAAGAACGAUACCCUGGGUCAUUUAUCGCUGAACGAGCUUAUCAGCAACUAAAAAUACUCAAUGAUUUUGGCCCAAAAGUGGUUGGUAGUAAGGCGAAUGAGAUCUUGGCAGCAGACUUUGUCUUCAGUGAAGCCAAUAAUAUUCAGAAAAAUGCUACAAAUCCUGAUGAUAUAGAAAUUGAUAGACAAAUUGAAUCAGGUUUUAGUUAUUAUGAUAACUAUUACAAUCUGCAAAACAUUGUUGUUCGUAUUCAAGGAGAAACUGAUCAUGCUGUAAUGCUCAAUUGUCAUUUUGACUCAGUUCCUGGAAGUCCUGGCGCUAGUGAUGAUAUCGUAAAUUGUUGCGUUAUGAUGGAAAUCUAUCGGGUUUUAUCACAAAGUCCCAUAAAGCAACGCCACACAAUAAUUUUUCUUUUCAAUGGGUCUGAAGAAACAGGACUUCAGGCAGCCCAUGCAUUUAUAACACAACAAAAAUGGCGCAAAAAUGUAAGAGCCUAUAUUAAUUUGGAAUCUACGGGAAGUGGUGGAAAGGAAAUCCUUUUUAGAACUGGACCCAAACACGAUUGGCUAGUUAAAAUGUAUCGCGAAAGUGUUCCUAGACCUUUUGGUCAAGUAGCAUCUGAGGAGUUAUUUGAAAGCGGCGCAAUUCCAUCAGCCACUGAUUUUCAGAUUUUUCGUGAUUACGGCGAUGUUCCAGGCUUAGAUUUUGCAUAUGUUGAAGAUGGAUGGAGAUAUCAUACUCGAUAUGAUAACAUUGAUUAUAUUACGAUAGAAUCAGUUCAGCAUACUGGAAACAAUAUCCUUGCACUUACAAAGAAAAUUGCAAAUUCAAAGGAACUUAGUGAUCCACCAGAAGGAACUUAUUCAAUUUAUUUUGAGUAUCUGGGAUUAGUUUUCGUAUCUUACUCUGCAACCGCAGGUGCAAUAUUCAACUACAUCAUCAGUAUUCUUGCAUUUGCAAUUCCAUUUAUGCUUCAAACAAAGUUCAAAAUGGAAAAUCUUGGAUUUGUAAUUUUUGAAACAAUUAUGUCUUUAGUUACAAUAAUAAUAAGCAUACUCUUGGCAACACUAGCAUGCUGGGGAAUGGCUUCACUAAUGAAUUCUGUGGAUAAUACAAUGAGUUGGUUUAAUACAACAUUUUUGUCAAUCGGCAUUUACUGUUCUUUGGCAUUAAUUGUUCAAAUUGCGACCUAUCAUGCAAUGCAAUUAUUAGGCAAAUGUUUCUUUAGAACCAAAAAAUAUCGAGAAACAUCAAUGAGACACAGAGUAAAGAUCAAUUUAAAUGGAGUCACUAUGUUUUGGUCACUUUUAACCAUCACAUUAACUGCAAUGGGAAUGAGAAUUGGAUAUAUUUUUAUGGUUCUAUUAUUUGUUUCAUUAUGUACUUAUCUAUUGACAUACUCAAUGUGCAGAGUUCUAUCAAAAACCACUUCACAAAGUUGGAUCUUUGUUCAUGUAUUCGGACAUUCAGUUGUGUUUCUAUUUUUAUGCUACAUUUCAAUUCAAAUCCUUCUACUUUUUAUUCCGAUUGCUGCUAAACAAUACUAUGAAAAUCCUGAUAUAUUGGUAGCUAUUAUUUGUGUAUUGUGGAUGGUAAUGUGCAUGAGUUACUUUAUUCCACUGACACUGUUCAUUAAGCUAAGAGCGGUCUUAUAUUGUUCUUUAUUGACGCUUUUUGUUACUUGUACAAUCCUUGCAUUCACAUCACUCGGAUUUCCUUAUAGUGAUGCUCAACAUGCACCAAGGUUACAAAGAUUUCGAACAACUCAUAUAAAGAGAACGAUAUAUGAUCCUGCUGGAAACGAAAAGUCAUCAAUUGGGAAUAUGAUGAUUUAUGCUUGGGAUAGAAAUGGAAUAAGAACUUUAAAAGAAGCAUUUAAUGGCCAUGAUUUUCUGUACAUUAGGAAUGAUGAGUUAUGCUCUGAAUAUUAUUUAUGUGCUUUCCAGCAUCGAGCUAUAAAUGAAAGGGUUAUUGCUAUUAAAGGCUUCCAUACGAAACCAAAUAUUGAUCCCACGGCAUAUAAACUUAUUAAAGCUACAAGUAAUGGAGGGGUUGUGGAAAUAGAGUUCGCUCUUGAAUUAAGAACUACUGUUGAGCUUUCUUUGACUUUGGAUGAAGGAUUAGAGUUUGAAUCUAGUAAUAUCGAUUUUACUAAAAUAGAUCAAAAUCAAAAACGUCACAUAAUUACUACAAUUACUGUUGGAGUAAGCAAUAAUGAUACCUACUUGAUUAAAAUACAACUAAAGGGUACACCAAUUUCAAACAUAUUUGCGUCAUUAGUCGUCGUAACUAUAGAUUCAACAUUUGAUCAAGGUGCAAAGACUACUGAAUUCGCUCAUAUAUUGAAUAAAUUUCCUGACUACACAUUUUCAUAUGUGCACCAAGUUGACUCGUCUGUGUAUGAAAUAGCACAAAAGUAA